AUGGCGCCCUUGGCUUCCAAAAUACUUGACUCUCUCACCAUACUAAUGAUGUGCACCACUGCACUCGUCUCAGCCGCUGGAGCGCUGCCACCACUCGAACAACAAGCAGGGGCACUUCUUGCCUGGAAAGCCAGCCUCAGUCAGCAAAGCCAAGACGCCCUGCGAUCCUGGAGAAACAUCUUAGCACCUUGCCGUUGGCAAGGCAUCCGGUGUGGUGGAGGCCGGUCGGUGAUCGCCGCCAUCUCCCUGCCGGGGAUGCGGCUGAGAGGGACACUUGAGUCUCUUGACUUCUUGGCUUUGAGGACCUUGGUGUCCCUUGAGCUCUCGCACAACGAGCUUGCCGGGAGCAUCCCUGUGAAUAUUAAGCUCCUCAAAGAACUCCAUGCUCUCCUCCUGGGAAACAAUCAGAUAAGAGGUUCAAUACCACCUGUUUUAGCAAAUCUCACGAAACUGCUUCUCCUAAUGCUCCAUGACAACCAAGUCUCCGGUGAAAUACCAAGGCAAAUAGGCGAGAUGGGUAAUCUUGUGAGCCUGAACUUGUCAAACAAUUACUUAGUUGGUCCUAUUCCUUGUGAAAUAGGUCAUCUUAAGCAUUUGCUUAAAUUAGAUUUGUCCAGCAAUGACCUUUCCGGACCAGUUUCCUUCAGUCCAGUUAACUCAUCCAUACAAAAUCCUAUGAAUAAUUUUUCAUCUCAGCCUGCUGCAAAAGUAAACUUAGAAAACAUAAAUAUGCUAUCAUUAUCCCGUAACAACUUAAGUGGUCCCAUUCCCAAAGAUAUAGUGAAAUUUUUCAACCUACAACACUUAGACAUAAGCCAAAACAACUUUUCAGGUUCAAUCCCUAGCAAUAUAGGUAACCUGACCAAACUCACUACAUUGUACCUUUACCAUAACCAACUUUCUGGACACAUUCCUCGAGAACUAGGUUAUUUAGUGAUUUUAGAGGACUUGAGGCUCAACAACAACACACUAUCUGGUUCCUUUCCAAGCAAUUUAUGGAAUUUGACCAAACUUACUACCUUGCACCUUCACCAUAACCAACUUUCUGGACACAUUCCACUGGUUUUGGGAUAUUUGGUGCACAUAGAGGACUUGCGGCUUAGCUACAACACACUAACAGGUUACUUUCCAAGAAAUUUGUGUAAUUUUACCAAACUCAAGAUCUUGUACCUUGGCCAGAACCAACUUUCUGGAAAAAUUCCUUGGGAACUAGGUUAUAUGGUGAAUUUAGAGGACUUUCAGCUCAGUUUGAACAACCUAACAGGUCCUAUCCCAAACAGUUUAGGCAAUUUGACUAAGCUCGCCUUCUUAAACCUUAAUUUCAACCAAUUUUCUGGACACAAUCCUCAAGAAAUUGGUGAGUUGAUGAAUCUGGAAAUGUUUGGAGUCUCUUUGAACAAUCUAUCUGGUGCAUUGCCAUCGGAUCUUUGCGUGGGAGGCCAACUACAGUUUCUCACCGCUAAUGGCAACAACUUGGUUGGACCCUUGCCAACAAGCUUGCUAAGUUGCAAAAGCCUAGUCAAACUUUGUCUUGAAGGAAAUCAGCUUCAAGGAGAUAUCUCCAAGAUGGGGCUUCACCCUAAUCUUGUCUAUGUUGAUAUCAGUUCAAACAAACUAUCUGGUCAAUUAUCUCAUCGCUGGGGUGAGUGUUACAAACUUACGAUGCUACGUGCUUCAAACAACAACAUUACUAGAGUCAUACCACCAAGCAUAGGGCAGUUAUCUCAGUUGGGGAUACUUGAUGUUUCAGCAAAUAAACUUGAAGGGCAGAUUCCACUGGGGAUUGGCAAUUUAACGGUGCUGUUCAACUUGAGCCUCAGUAAUAACCUGCUCGAAGGAAGUAUACCUAAAGAUAUUGGAUCGCUAAAUAAUUUGGAGUACUUGGAUUUAUCAUCAAACAACCUAAGUGGGAUGAUACAAGGGUCAAUUGAACAUUGUCUCAAGCUUCACUUCCUGAAUUUGAGCCAUAAUCGCCUCAAUGGCAGCAUUCCAAUCAAACUAGAAAUGCUGGUAAACCUACAAGAAUUGUUGGAUCUAAGUGAUAAUUCAUUUGCUAGUGUCAUUCCGAGUCAGCUGGGUGGUUUGAGCAUGCUCGAAAUUUUGAAUCUUUCACACAAUGCAUUGAAAGGUAGCAUCCCACCAUCAUUUCAGCGCAUGUUCAGCCUCCUAUCCAUUGAUGUGUCAUUCAACAAAUUGGAAGGGUCAGUGCCACAGAGUAGGUUGUUUGAAGAAGCUCCAAUCAAAUGGUUCAUGCAGAAUAAGCAAUUGUGUGGUGUAGUGAAAGUAACUUUGCAAUGUAAAAGGAGGAAACGCAAGGUGGAAUGCGCAAAUGAGUUGCAACAGACAAAGCUGUUCGCCAUCUGGAACUUUCAUGGAGGAGAUAUGUACAGGCAAAUUGUUGACGCCACAGAAAAUUUUAGUGACGCUCACUGCAUUGGAAUUGGAAGUAGUGGAUCAGUAUAUAGAGCUCAGUUACCAACAUGCGAGAUAUUGCAGUAA